CCACAUUUCCGAGAGAGAGAGAAAAUAUCUCUUGCCCUCUCCUCUUUUUUCUUCUGAAUAUUCUGGGUAAUAUUUUUUUGGUUCUCGGUUUCUCCGACUCUUUCCACUUGAACCUAGCUUAAGAGAGAAAAUCAAAGAGGGAGAAAAAAUGAGUAGAGGUGGAGAAAUGGAAGAGAGACUGCUAAAUGGGUCAGAGACAGAACAAAGGAGAGAGAGUCUCUACCUGAGAAAAAAGAUUUGGAGUGAAGUUAGGAAGAUGUGGAGAAUUGCUUUACCAUCAACUUUGUUUAGAGUGAUGUCGUUUGGAUGCGUAGUGAUGGCUCAAGCCUUCAUUGGCCACUCAAGUGAAACGGGUCUCGCUGCUUAUGCUCUCCUUCAAAGUACUUUCAUUCGCUUCAUCUACGGUAUUAUGGCAGGUAUGUCAAGUGCGACAGAGACGUUAUGUGGACAAGCAUACGGAGCACAACAAUACCACAUGAUGGGGAUAUACUUACAACGUUCUUGGAUAGUAGACACCUUUAUAGCCACUCUCUUCGUCCCUUUCAUCGUCUUCGCGGGUCCCAUUCUUCGGUUAUUAGGCCAAAACGUUGUGAUCACCGAGACAGUAGACGAGAUCUACCCAUGGGUCAUCCCUUAUCUCUACAGCCUCGUGUUCACCAUGACAAUGCAAAUGUACCUCCAAGCGCAGAUGAGAAACGCCAUCAUUGGCAUUGUCUCGACCCUAGCCUUGGUCUUGGACAUUGCGGCCACGUGGUGGUGCGUGAGCGUGAUGGGGAUGGGGAUCCAUGGUGCGCUUCUAGGGCUUAAUAUAAGCUCAUGGUCCGUGGUGAUAGCCGAGUUUGUAUAUGUGUUUGGAGGGUGGUGCCCGCAUACUUGGACCGGCUUUAGCACUGCUGCUUUUGUUGAUCUUAUUCCCAUGCUCAAGUUAUCCAUUUCCUCCGGCUUCAUGCUCUGCUUAGAGUACUGGUAUAUGAGCAUCAUCGUCUUGAUGUCUGGAUAUGCAAAAGAUGCGAAUAUCGCAAUUUCAGCUUUCUCCAUAUGCCAAUAUAUCUACACGUGGGAGAUGAACAUUUGCUUUGGCUUGUUGGGUGCAGCAUGUGUACGAGUGGCGAAUGAAUUGGGAAAAGGCGAUGCGGAUGCUGUGAGAUUCUCGAUAAAAGUGGUGCUUGUGGUCUCAGCGGUGAUCGGUGUGAUAUGUUCCGCUCUUUGCCUAGCGUUUGGCGGUCAGAUUUCGUAUUUGUUCUCCGAUAGCCCUGCAGUUUCGGAUGCAGUCUCUGAUCUCUCCCUCGUCCUUAGCAUAUCUAUACUCUUCAACAUCAUCCAGCCCAUUCUCUCUGGGGUAGCAAUUGGAGCAGGGAUGCAGAGUAUGGUAGCAUUUGUGAACUUAGCAUCAUAUUAUGCAAUUGGUGUUCCUUUGGGUGUCCUCCUUAUAUACGUUUUCAAUUUUGGUAUUAAGGGACUCUGGUCUGGAAUGUUGGCUGGAGUUGGUGUACAAACGUUGAUAUUGUGUUAUGUUAUUUACAAAACUGACUGGGAAUUGGAGGUUAAGAAGACAAACGAGCGAAUGAAAACGUGGACUCUAAAUUUACCUGCUUUACAAUCGACUACUAGAGAUGAAGAGAGGAACCUUCCUUCAGGUUUGGUGGGCUCGAAUACUCAGGAAAUGAAAGGGGCAAGUAGUGUUAAGAAGAAAACCCAGUUGUUGAACGAAGCUGGUGAGGCGGAUACGGUAAUGGAAACUGUCGGAGAAAGCCGGAAAAUUAGUGGAGACGGUGGGUUUUUCGGUGACGACGGCGAAGGAGGAGGUGGAGAGUUGAUUCUUCGCGAGAUGGGUGAUGAUAGGCGUACGGAGGAUGAAGAAGAAGAAGAGGAUGAGGAUGAAGACGAUGGAGGAGAUGAGGAAGAUGAAGAAGGAGAAGGAGAAGGAAAAGGAGGGCAAGAGGAAAGGCCAAAGCUUGAUGAAGGGUUUUACGAAAUUGAAGCUAUUCGUCGUAAGAGAGUUCGAAAAGGCAAGGUUCAGUAUCUAAUUAAAUGUUAUAAACUCGGUUGUGAAAGGCGCGGGUGGCCCGAAACUGCCAACACAUGGGAGCCUUUAGAGAAUCUCCAGUCUAUUGCUGAUGUUAUUGAUGCAUUUGAAGGAAGUUUGAAGCCGGGAAAGCCUGGUAGGAAACGGAAGCGCAAAUAUGCAGGUCCUCAUUCUCAGAUGAAGAAGAAGCAACGUUUAACAUCUACAUCACAUGAUGCUGCUGAGAAAUCUGACUCUUCUAUGUCUCUCAACAACUCAAGCCUUCCUGACAUUCCUGAUCCACUAGACCUUAGCGGUUCGAGUCUACUAAAAGGAGAUGGGGAAGCUAAGAAUGCUUACGUAUCCAACCAAGUUGAAGCUAACAGCGGGAGUGUUGGGAUGGUUCGACAACUUCGUUUAAUUGAAGAUGAGAAAGAAUAUGAUCCAACACUUAACGAGCUAAGGGGACCAGUCAAUAAUGGUAACGGUGCAGGAUGUUCUCAAAGAGGAGGCAUUGGUUCUGAAGGUGAUAAUGUAAGACCCAAUGGCCUUCUCAAGGUUUAUCCUAAGGAGCUUGAUAAGAACAGUCGUUUCAUAGGUGCUAAGCGGAGGAAGUCUGGUUCUGUGAAAAGAUUCAAACAAGAUGGAUCCACAAGUAACAACCACACAGCACCUACAGAUCAGAAUUUGACACCAGAUUUGACUACAUUAGACUCUUUUGGUAGGAUUGCAAGGAUGGGGAAUGAAUAUCCUGGUGUGAUGGAAAAUAAUAAUUUGUCUCAGAAAACCAAGAUUGAGGAGUUGGACAUCACAAAGAUACUUAAACCGAUGAGCUUUUCAGCAUCUGUAUCAGACAAUGUCCAGGAUGUGUUGGUGACCUUUUUAGCGCUGAGGUCUGAUGGGAAGGAAGUGAUGGUGGACAACAGAUUUCUCAAGGCUCACAAUCCCCAUCUGCUGAUUGAAUUCUAUGAGCAACAUCUCAAGUACAAUCGCACGCCUUAAAUCAUCCCGGAAGGUAAGAAUUUGUUUGUACACAGCACUUGUAGGUAGAAAAAGAUUAGAUGGCUUCUUUAUUCUAGCAGCGCAACAUGUAGAGUCGAGGUAGCGGCAAGUGUUUUUUUUGUAUCGCGUCUGCGGGAGGUUUCAGAUUGUAAUUUAUCUCCUCGGGUUCGUUAUGUUCUCUCUAUCAUAGUAAAUCUUGUCACUUGGA